AUGCAUCACGUGACGGGCCAGUCGGCGUCCUCCCGCGGAGGGGUGUAAACAGGCGUCGCGGUGGCCCAGCUGCAGCCUUGCUGCGUCCGCAUCUCCCGCAUGCUCCAGGCGGGCGGGGGCGACCCCGCAGCGAGCUCAACGCCCACCUGAGGUAACUCCUGCGGCCUCCAGUUCUGCUUUCCCGGUGCGGCGCUCUGCAAUCGCUGCCCGCCGCUAAGGAGGCCGGCCGAGCCCCCGGCCACGGCAGGGGGUGUGGCUGCCGGCUGUGCCUUCUGCGACAGGUGGGCCCAUCAGGGCAGCUGCCCAGACCCUAGCUCCGCACUGCCUUCCGCGGCAGAAAAGCGAUAGCGACCCUGGGCCGUGGGUUCUUCCCCCCCGGCUCUCUAAGGCUGCCCUUGGGCCAGGCCGAGCCGGAGCCGCAGGAGCCCUCGGGCGCUGAGGGCCGGGAGCUGCCAGCGUGGAAUCCCAGUUGAAGUCCUGUACCGGACGGGCUGUGAGAUCCUGGGCUAGUCAGCCCUCCCCUCGGCCUGAGUUUCCACAUUUGAAAAAUGAAAGUCUGGACUAGGUGAUUUGUGAGGACCUUCCCCUUCUGACGUGUGUGAUCUUGAGAGAGACUUGCAUACAUGGGAAGCUGCUAGAGCGAAAGCAUAGCUUGAAGUCCAUGGCCCAAAAUGACUCUACCAUUGGAGACUUUCUUCCGUAAAGAGGAAGACCAGACAGGAGGCUGGGAUGAGCAUGCCACUGCAUCAGAUCUCUGCCAUUCCAUCCCAGGAUGCCACCUCUUCUAGAGUCUACAGAAGUAAGACCAAAGAAAAGGAGAGGGAAGAGCAGAAUGAGAAGACUUUGGGACACUCCAUGAGUCAUUCAAGUAACAUUUCUAAGGCUGGGGGUUCCUCGGUGGCAUCUGCUCCAGUGUCCGCCUUCUCUCGCACCUCUGUCACGCCCUCCAAUCAGGACAUCUGCAGUUCCAGUGCAGUGUUUUCUGAGUGUUGUCACCACAGUCCCGUGCAGUCUGCUGUUGUCUUGAAAGCUCCUCCAUGCCAGAGUUCUCUGACGCAAGGGCUCACUGUGACAGUUGUCUGUCAAGACGCAGUACAGGUGUCAAAGAGAAAUUCCUGUGGUUCAGAGUGGGCCCAGGCCUUGAAGCCUACUAAGAAUACCAAAGCCAGAAGGACACUGAAGUUCUCAAAAUCCCUAAACGAUGUGGGUGAGAAGGCCCAGGACACUUUGGAAAGUUUUGACUAUGUGGAGAGAACUUGCUCUGAAGGGAAGUUGGUGCUCCCUCAAGACCCGUGUCUCAGAGGUAACAGGUUCCACCAGAAAGAGAAAAGAACGCUGAAUCGCAAACCUUUUGGCAAUUCCAAACGUUCAUGUGUUUCAUCCCUUUCUGCCAACCGUUCAGUGGCAUCAGAGGUGGGCGCUGGCAAGGCGGGCUUACACAUCCCGCUGCUAGACGAGAAGGCGGAUGGCGAGGCCGCAUCCAGAAGUCGGCGGCUGCUCCGGUACCUGCUCUCGCUCUCUCACGGUUUGAGCACCAGCAGCCUGCACCGGUUCCACGAGCUGCAGAGCUGCGCCCCUGGCCUGCACCCCACCAAGUCGUCCAGCGGGCUGGCGGGGAGUGCGGGCUUCUGCUCCGACGACAUGGGCGACGACGAUGUCUUUGAGGACAGCAUGUCCACAAAACUGAAGAGCAAGGUCCUACGGGCGCCCCUCUGCUCAGUGGAGAAGGACAGUGACCUGGACUGUCCUUCCCCUCUGUCUGAAAAGUACCCCCCCAUCUCUCCUGUAUCCACGUCAGGGGACGCUUGCAGGAUCUGUCACUGUGAAGGGGAUGAUGAGAGCCCUCUGAUCACCCCAUGCCACUGCACGGGGAGCCUCCAUUUCGUGCACCAGGCCUGCCUGCAGCAGUGGAUCAAGAGCUCCGACACGCGCUGCUGUGAGCUGUGCAAGUUCGAGUUCAUCAUGGAGACCAAGCAGAAGCCUCUGAGAAAAUGGGAGAUGCUGCAGAUGACAGCCAGAGAGCGCCGGAGGAUCAUGUGCUCAGUGACGUUCCAUGUCAUCGCCAUCACCUGUGUGGUCUGGUCCUUGUAUGUGCUCAUCGAUCGCACUGCUGAGGAGAUCAAGCAGGGGCAGGCAACAGGAAUCCUAGAGUGGCCCUUUUGGACUAAAUUGGUGGUUGUGGCCAUCGGCUUUACUGGUGGACUUCUUUUUAUGUAUGUUCAGUGCAAAGUGUAUGUACAAUUAUGGAAGAGACUCAAGGCUUAUAACAGAGUAAUCUAUGUUCAGAAUUGUCCAGAAACAAGCAAAAAGAAUAUUUUUGAAAAAACUGCACUAACAGAGCCCAACUUUGAAAAUAAAGAUGGACGUGGAAUCUGUCAUUCCGACACAAACUCUUCUUGUUGCACAGAACCUGAAGACACUGGAGCAGAGAUUGUUCACGUCUGACUGUGUGGAGGGUGUAGUUCUCCCGGACAUCCAUGGACAGCUGAAGGAUAUUGUUUACUGCCAAUCAUGUACCUUUUCUUAUGUCCUUUAAUAGCAUAGACUGGGCAGGGGACUAUUUUUAAUGGCUUCUCUUCUUUGAAACCCUCCUUAGUGACUCUCCUGGAAAACCCUCACGUCAGCCAUGCACGGCUGGCUUCCGCGGCUGCCAGCAUGGCUGCGGGAAGGGAACGUGGAGAACCCUGUGACCCCGUGCUGGAGGCUGGCUGUGUCCUGGCCUGUGAGCAGGGUGAGGAGUAAGAUGCCAAACUAAGGGAGGAGCAGGAGCAGGUGGCGCCUGGGCCCUGGAGCAGAGUAUUGGGCACAUCCGGCCGUGAGGAGAGGCCACCCCCUCACUAAGGAGAGCCCUGGGAGGCCACCACUGACACUUCCUGAGUGGACGGGGUUGUGGUGCUCUGUGUGUGCCGAUUCACUAAGCAAACAGCACUUUACAAAAAGAGAGUCUUUAUUUUGUAAUAAGUGUGUCCCAUGAGGUUGACACAGAAGAGAACAUCUCACGUAGAAACCUUCCCUUCAUGACCCCAAUGAUCUUUUUCACAAUGUAAUAGAUCUGAAGCCCUUUUUGCCUUAUAUAUGCUAAGAAACAUGACAUCCAUUCCGUGUCCAUCGCAAGGGACUUGUAACUAUAAAGCAGGACAAACAGAUCUGAGGCUUUUUCAUUAACAUUUCACGAGAAUUAAUGGAGACUAAAGGGCAACUUGAGCAUAAUGCCUAUGGCCUGUUUUAUGCCUAGUCUUUGUGUCAUAGGCCUGCCCUGAACAUACCUUUUUGGUCAGCCCUGAAGAGGAAGGGUUCAUGAGAUCUAAAUGAAAGGCAAGGAAGUGAGUGACUAGAACAAAACUGAAUAUUUAAAAACUAUUCCUUUACAGACAAAUCUCUCUGGUUUGUGCUGGCUCCACGCUGAAGGGGUAAGCUUGCAUCCCCCGGGUUGGGGCUCCUGGGUGCUUGCCACUCGGCCAGCCCCUGCUCCUGGCAGAUUCUGUGGAUCACUGCCCAGGGCCGAGAGGCAGAGGGGCUGGCUCCAGGGCGCGGGCCAGAAGUGAGCAGUACGCUGUCGGGGUCCACUGUGUUCCUGCCCCAGUCACACCUCCGCCCAUUAUCGCCUUAACUGGACUGAACAGAGAGGAUACUUUGGGGCCCCUGGCCCUGCCAUCAGUCCAUUCUAUCAUCAGGGAUUAUCUCCUGUACCAUUUUUCACAAAACCAAAAUCACUACCAUCGAAUGGCCUUUUUCCCUUCAACGAGUAUGCUAAAAAUUCUGUUUUUAAAGACCAGUUUCAUCCUACCAGGCACAUGAGUCAACUCCAGGAAGACGGUGGGCGGGGGUCUGCAGUAUAACAUGAGUGUGGGGGGUGCUUCCUCUCCAGGCGGUGAGGUGCUCGGGGCUCCAGCCCUCAGUCCUCUGAGCUACAGGUGCUUCAUCUGCCCUGUUAAGAGGAUGAAGCAAACACAAGAUGAUUCCUUGCCUUUCAGAGUGGAAGCCCCCUGGUUUGUUUUAAAAGCCAGGUGGAGGGUCUCUAAGCUCUGGAGGAGGGCUUUACCCUGCCAUGGCUUCUCUGGCUAGGCAGGUCCUGUCCAGCCACAGCUGAUCCCUGGAAAUAGGCCAGCGUGCCCUGUCCAUCUCCCAGGCCACAUCCAGCCCUUGCCUGUGCUCACUGUGCCCCAAAGUGCAAUUAGCUACACCCCUUCUGAGCCUGGGGACACCGAGCAGCUACAGACUGUCCACUCAGGAGAGCUCAAUUCCAGGUCAGCCCCACCUGGGGGAUCUGCCCAGGCAAGGUCCCUUGUCCCUGCCCACUUCUCAUGGAGGAUGAGUGGUCAGGGAAAGACUGGGAUAGAUUUUUUAAGUGGGAAUCCUUCCCCUUCCCCCCAGCGGAACCCCUGAUGCUGGGCUUGAAAAGCACCGAGGCUUCAUGUAGAGAGGAAAGUGUGCAUGGGUGCGGCUGGCUCCUGGGCUGCCCGCUCGCUGUGGCUGGCGCCACCUGUGGCAGAGGUGCCUUUAUAACCAUGACUGUUGUGUUGAUCCCAUGCCCAGCCAGACUCUCACGGAAAACCCUCACCUCUUUUCAAGAAGAACCUAUACCAUCUCAUCAUCUCUGGCACAACUCCUGAAAGUGUCUGCCUGUGGACAGUCUGUCCUGUGACCAUCUCUUCUUUCCUGGGAUGGUACAUGGCUACUCCCUUGCCUUUCUCAUUUCUCAAAGGUGCUGUGGAGCACCUCUGACCCCAUACUUAGUCCCAGAGCUAAUCUCUCCUGCACAGGGACUAACAGGGAAGUGUGAAGCCCUGGUGAGGUUGUGCUGUGCUGUCCUCUAGCGGGGGCUGAGGCUCUGCUAGGCCUUCCUUUAAUCUGCGUGAAUUUGCCCUCUAGGUUUUUUGCGGGAUUGAUUAUUCCCCAUUUUCUCCUCAUUUUACGCCUGGCUUUAGUGGGAAGCUGGCACUUGGCUGGACCAUGUAGAAAUGUAGGAUGAGCUUGCAGGUCUCAGGGAGGGUCAGGAGGGCUGGUAUUUGUGGAAAGGGAAGGAGGAGGCCAGGAGGAGAGGGAAACAGCUCUGGGGUGUCGCCAACCAGCCAUCUCUGAUUUGGCCUCUGCCACCCCUCAGAUUACAGUUCAGCUGAAGGGCUCUUGUGCCCGAGUUUAAGAUUCUCCUGAAAACUGAAGAAGGUCUUUUCCUACUUUAGGCCUCUAAUGUCUCUUCCUUUUCAGUCCACUCUUUUCAAUGUUAUGGAUCCAGUUUCCAGACCUGCGGGUAUACCCUGCCUGGCUGCAGACAUACUGGCCCCAAGCAGGGUGGUUCAAGAGCCUUAGGUAAUGCCUGAAAGGGUUCGAGCUGCCCCUGCCGCCUGGUGGCCCAGCUGUAGAGCUGUAGAGCCCAGCAGGGUAAAGAUCCACCAUGCUAUGGAUCUAGCCUCAUGCAGAUACACUUUUGAGAUACUUUUCCUCUUGAUUUGAAAUAUUCAGCUUCCUAAGGAAAGACUGAAGCAUAAGGAGAUAAAAGAAUUUGUCUUUGUUUUGCAGCGCAUCACCUAUUUAGAUGCAAUGUUUAUAGAAAGUCGAUUGUUAAUAAAGACCAAAUUUACACUGGCAUGUGUGGUGUAGUUUCUAAAAAGCACUUCACAUUUGAAGUUUUUCUUAACUUAGAAAAUUUCUAGGUGAUUAAAUGUCUAGUUUUGUAUCCUUUUGUGUAUCUUCACUGUCUCUCAGUAUUAUUGCUUGAAUAAUUCUCUGUAUGGGGGUCGUUUGUGCUAUACACAGAAGUGUCUACAGCAAUAAAACAUUUCUUUAAAAAGGC